AUGAAGUUCAUGCUAUCUUUCGUUGGAAUCACAGCACUGGCGGCUGCGGCACCAUCCAACAUCCGUAAUGUCGAGCCGACGAAGACAGAGCCUCUGGAGAAGCGAGCUACGACUUUGUGCGGUCAGUGGGACUCGGUUGAGACUGGCGGCUACACCAUUUACAACAAUCUUUGGGGCAAGGACAGCGGAAGCGGCUCUCAGUGCCUUACUGUUGAUGGGAUUAGCAAUAUGGUCUGCAACCUGGUCUUGGGCGGUGGGGGGACAAGUGUGAAGUCGUAUCCCAAUGCUGUGCUCAGCGCGUCUGCUGCUCGAGUUUCAACUAUCUCAUCUAUCCCCUCCAAAUGGCAGUGGACCUACACCGGAUCCGGAGUCGUGGCCAAUGUUGCCUACGAUCUUUUUUCCAACACUGACUGUGGCACCAUCCCCGAGUUCGAGAUUAUGAUAUGGUUGAGCGCUAUAGGAGGUGCAGGUCCCAUCAGCGCUACCGGCUCAUCUAUCGCUACCGUCACUAUUGCCGGAGCAUCAUGGAAGCUCUGGAAGGGCACGAAUAGUCAGAUGACCGUGUUCAGCUUUGUCGCCGAGUCUGCACAGAACAACUUCAGCGGUGACUUGAACGGCUUUAUCAAGUACCUCACACAGACCCAGGGAUACUCUGGCUCUCAGUGUCUCUACUCAAUCGGCGCUGGCACAGAGCCCUUUGUAGGUAGCAACGCCCAGUUCACAACCACUGGAUACAGCGUGUCCCUCUCUGCUGGCUCCUCUGGCGGUGACGAAGGAAGCAGUGGAGAUAGCGGCGGUGGUAUUCAGACGAUAACAACUUCUACUGCUCAGACCCAGCCUACUGCUACUGGCACGAACUGUGCAGGAAUUUGGGGGUAG